UUACCUAGUUUCCUUUGGAGGUUAUGAGUCAUAUCAUCAAAUGACAUCAGAAUCCUACGCGGGCUAAUCAUGGUAUCAAAAUAUUUAAAGAGGAAUUUUCCCUCAACAUUAAAGAACAAAUAAAUCUCAUGUCUUUUCUCCGCCUUAGUGUUGCGAGGAAAAAGAAAAACUUAUUGAUAUUAAUCUUUUGAUUUAUAAGAGCCUCAUAAGUGCAAAAAAUGUUCAAUACUUUGACAGGAUUUCCUAUUGGCCCUAAAGCAAAUCAUGUACAUAAGGUGAGAAAUACUAACAUGAUUUUUAAAUUUAAAAGGAAGUAGCAUAUGAUUAGAACCAACAUCAUUAAGUAAAGUAGUCAAGAUUUGGGUAGAUAUAUAUGUACGGUGAGAGGGGAUCUACUUGUCUAAUCACCUUAUGACUUUUAAAGAAAGCAAAACAAUCCCAUUAAUAAGACAUGAGAAAACAAGGGAGGAAAGGAAAUAAACUUGGUUUCCCCUCCGCUCCUUCUUAUCGCCAUUGCUGCAUCCUUUUUGCCUCCUCCAGAUCCCUCUCCUUCGUCGUUCUUGAUCCACUUCGCUUUGAUUGUUAUGCGGAGGCCUCGAGGGUCAAGGCGUUGCUCGACCUCAAUUCCUUGCCUUCUCCUGAUCGGUUGUGUCUUGCUCUACUCGAUUCCUGGCAUUCUUUCAUCAAGGAUAGUUUCCCUAGGUUCAAUUGUGAUAUUCACUACUCAUGAAUGGCUACCUAUGAAACCAAUCGUUUAUUUUCAUUGUCAAGGAGAAAACAAGACUGUCUUGCCUGAUGUAAAGGAAAAAGAUAUUUUAUACACUUUCCGUGGUGAAGAAUCUUGGCAGCCUCUGACACAACUUCCGGAGAAAAAAUGUAAAAGAUGCGGUUUCUAUGAACAAGACACUUUUAAAGCUGAUGAUGUCUUUGAUGAGUGGGAGCUGUGUGCUGGUAAUUUUGUGGAUGGAAAAUAUGUUCGUAAAAAGAACAAAGAAUUCAACGCCACGUUCAUAUGCCCUCGGUGCACUGGUUCCGAUGGUGUUGAUGAGACUCUCGAAUCAAAGGACGAGGCUUCUGGCAGGAGAGGGAAAAUGGUUACAGUCAUAAUUAUAUGCGUAUUUGCUGCUUCUUUUGUAAUGGUUGCCGGUAUAGUAGCCUUGUAUAAAUAUUGGCAAAAGAGAAAGAGGGAGCAAGACCAGGCACGAUUUCUAAAACUCUUUGACGAGGGGGAUGAUAUUGAAGAUGAACUGGGUCUAGGUUAUAUAAUAUGACAAUGACAUGUGAAGACAUUUUGGACCCUAAUUUUUUUUAUAUGUGUAAAAAAAUGGCAUAUAGUGUUUGUAAAUGAUACAAGCUUGGUUGCAAAGUUUUGGUCAUUAGCACAUUGCAAUCUUUUUCAACAGUCA